AUGGCCCAGACAUCAGGAUUUGUCGGUGUACCCUCCACACCGUACACCGUCAUACGAGCGUGGAACGUUCGCCGGUGGUCGACGAAUACGGUCGACAAAAAGGCUUCUGGAUGUACCUUGCGCACCCUUAACCAGAGCGCAUCACAACAUUCCCUCAAAUCGCUUCCGUCGGUGAAAUCUUCGAAAAGUGUGGAAAAAGCAACGAAUCCUAGUAUCCUCCAGACGAUACAAUCGAUCCAGUGGAGCAACUACAAAAGCCGUCUUACGCCGGACAAUCUGAUGCAAUUCGCUCGAAAUCUUCCCGCGCACACAGCGACGGCCUAUAAUGUGGUUAUAAAUUCCCGCGAGUACGAACUAGCUCAAAGUGCAAUCGUCAAAGCCUGCCAACUGUCGGUGCAGGUCGCCAAGACGGCUUACCUGUGGUUGGGACUGUUUCUGGAAUCUCGUGAGUACUACUACUUCCGUUACUAUACCUUGCUGCUGCUGGAGUACACUGUCCAAUGGUUACGGUACGGGUUGCGGUCCACCUUUGACUUGAUCCGUCGCUGGAUGGCCAAGAGCGAACCCUAG